CGGGCCGGAAGCGGAAGGCUUCGGCGCCGGUUUGGGGAGCGAGAGCCGCCCGCUCGGCGUUGCUGCGAGAUGGCCGCUGCCGCCGCGCUCCCCCCGCUGCCGCCGCAGUUCAAGAGCAUCCAGCACCACCUGCGGACCGCGCAGGAGCUGGACAAGCGAGAGCCGGUGGUGGCGUACUAUUGUCGUUUGUAUGCAAUGCAAACAGGCAUGAAGAUUGAUAGUAAAACCCCAGAAUGCCGUAAAUUUUUAUCUAAGCUUAUGGAUCAGUUGGAAGCUAUGAAAAAGCAAUUUGGUGAUAAUGAAGCAAUUACUCAGGAUAUUGUUGGUUCUGCUCAUGUGGAGAAUUAUGCUUUGAAGAUGUUUUUGUAUGCAGACAAUGAAGACAGAGCUGGGCAGUUUCAUAAAAACAUGAUAAAGUCCUUUUAUACUGCAAGCCUCCUGAUAGAUGUUCUGACAGUAUUUGGGGAGCUCUCUGAAGAGAAUGUUCAGCACAGAAAGUAUGCCAGGUGGAAGGCAGCAUACAUUCAUAACUGCUUAAAGAACGGAGAGACUCCUCAGCCUGGACCUAUUGGAAUGGAAGGAGAGAGCUUCGAUCUCGAAAGAGAAGAAGCAGGGUCGUCAUCUCUGCAUAGUGGAACAACUCAACCAACAUCAUCAUCUACAUAUGAAGCUAAUAACACACCAACUACUAAUUUCACUGGCAUACAUAUACCACCAGGUGCCCAUGCACCAGCCAAUACUCCAGCUGAAGUACCUCAUAACACAGGAGUGACAAGUAAUACUAUUCAGCCUGCUCCUCAGAAUGUCCCUUUAGCAGAUCCUGCCCUUUACAGCGCUCAGUCUGCAGGGGAAGUCCACUUGACUCCAGAGGACUUUGCCAGAGCUCAGAAAUACUGCAAAUAUGCUGGCAGUGCUUUGCAAUAUGAAGAUGUGAGCACUGCUGUGCAGAAUCUACAGAAGGCCCUCAAGUUACUGAUUACGGGCAGAGAAUGAAGCCUUUAUCCAACAGAUUAAUGUCGUUUGCCUAAAGAACUAACAGCUUAUUACUGUACCUAUUAGGGGAGUGGAAAUAAAAAGAAGUUCUCAAUUCCAUCACCUAUGACAACGAAAUCACUGUUUCAGUGUCAGAUUAGCAGUUAAGAGUACAGUAGGAAUCUCUGUUUUCAUUUUACAAAUAAUGGAGCUAGAAACAUAUGAAUGCAGUGGUUUGUUGUAAGCAAAAUACAGAAGUACUGUGGACACUGCUCAAGAGUUAGAAUUCAUGUUUCAAUAUUUAGAUUAUCAAAAUGGAAAAAUGCUGAAUGUGUUAAAACCUUGAACAUAAGAAUGCUCAGUUAAAAUUCUGGCUGAUUUUAUUAUUUUAAACAAUUAUUUGUUAACUGUAAUAGCUAUAAAAUGGUAACUAAAUUCUGGGCUUCCUCCUGAAAUGAGAGCAUGUGAGAAGUCUGAUAAAUACACAGUGGGAAGGACUUUUUUCUAUAUCUAAAUUAUUUGGGUAUUAUCUGAGACAUAAAUCAAAGUUAAGAGAGCCCUGAGGACAUUUGUGUUUCGUUUUAAGAUGCGCAGGAAAAGCAUCUCUCCAUACAUCAGAGCAAAUAAUUUUGAUAGCAUUCCAAACAAACUCCCUACCACUGCAUGGGCUACUGUAUGUAGUCUUGAUCAUUGGUUCUUGCUCUUUUUACAUGAACACUUAAAAUUUUCUUUAUGUAUGGAUAAUUAGAGGAAGUACUAAUGUUUAUCAGAGAUGAGGCUGAAACCAGAGGCAGAGAUUCUAAACAACGUGAACUUUUAGGGAGAUUUACUUUGUGGCUGUUCCAUCUAUUUAAUAGGCUGAAUCAAAGGCCAGUUCUUCAACCAUUAAAGCAGUUUUGGUUCAUCUCUGGUACUAGUGUCAUAGAACUUUGUUUUUCCAGCUAAUAUUCCUCCUGUCUGCUUUGUUGUGGAGACUAUUUGGACUUGGGAAUUAAUUAAAAUAUCUUGGAAAUGGAAUUUUGAGUCUUUUUAAAGUGUACCCUUGCAAUUCUAGAGCUCUUGAUUGUUAAAAAUUCAUCCACGCUGUUUGAAAGAAAGAAUAAGUAGUCUUUUAACCAGUGUGACAUAGUAAUUGAGUACACCGCAAAGCAUGUGCAAUUUAUGUAAUAACUUCUAACGUCUUUCUUUCCAACCUGCCAGAUCAAAUACACAUAUUCUUCGUAACUGCACUAUUUUUUCAGUGUCUGAAAUAUGUCUGAUAUUCAAAGCAAAAAGGUGAGGAAAAAAUAAAUCAUAAGCAUUAAAAUUUCACUGGUCAUAUCAUUUUAAGAGUGCAGACCUUCUUGACAGCAAGUUUGAAAAGGGUAGUAUGAAACUUAUUAAUGUAUCAUUAAGGAGAAUUUAAUGGCUAGAAUCAUUUAUUUUUUAAUGUAGAAGUUUUACAACAGUUCACCAAACUUUGAAGCCACAUAUUUUAAGCAACUGAUGUUUGGUAUUUAUCGUCCAAACUGAUGCCUAAGGUAAAUCAUAGCAAAACAUGUCCAUUCCAUUAAGUACAGCCUCUGGGACAGCUUUAAAUGUGGCAGAUAGCCCUAAAGCUCAAAUCAGUGUUGCAGAACAGUUUGAAAAUUGUAAUUAUUUGAAAAUGUCAGGAGAACAUGGGUAGAUAGACUAAUUAUUCCAAAUUGGAAUUUGCGGUAGGCAGUGGAAUUUAUGGCCCCAUUGUUAAAUGUUGUGUGAGCUUGUCUAAGUGUUGACUGAUUCGUUUUACAGCUGUUCUAAAUGAUAAAGCAACAACCCAUAAUUCCUCUUAAGCCAGUUCCCGACACAUACAAUUAGAAUAGUAACUAAAAUAGAGUGCUGUUGUUUUCCUGUUGUUUGCUACCUAACACCAACAGAUCUCUCUUCUUCACUGAUGAUUACUACCCACAUUUGCUCACCUUUCUCAUUUGGAUUGUGAGCUCUCAAUCUUAACCUUGUUUAGCAAAGAAGAAAAAUAGUUUUCUUUCAGAUCUUCCGUGUUCAGUUGUGCUGUUUUUGUAAACUAGAAUUUUAGUAAAUCUGUUUAAUAUUUGUUACUUAAAAGGCUUUUUGGUGUUGCUUAA